AUGUGCUACCACCGCCUCUACAUCUUCUCCACCUGCGGCCACUCUCUCUACAGCCCCACCCCCCUCCUCCUCUGCAAAGACAGCGCCAUCCCCCCCGACUCCACCUCCAGCGCAACCUGCACCCCGCACGCGCACCCCUUCCAGUCCCUCCGCAUCCACCGUCUCUGCGCGCUCUGCGACCGCCGCAGGAGCGUGCUGCUGGCCGAGGUCGACCACAACAGGACGAUCAGGUUCGAUGCCUGGAGGUGGAAGGUCGCGUAUCAGAAUCCGGCGGCUGAGAAGGAGGCGUGGAAGCGGUGGGGGGAGCAGGGGGAUGUGAGGGAGAGGGUUAGGCGGAGGGAGGAGAGUAAAGGGAGGGUGGAGGGGGAUGUCAAGGUUGCGUGGUGA